CGGUUACGAAGAAACCAUCCAUGGCUUUAACCAGCCGCUGCCGGCUCCGAGGUCGCAGGAACCCAGCGGAGGUGGAGUGCGGUAAAAUAAUGAAGUCCCGCUCGGACAGUGGGAGCGGGGAGGACUCGUUGGACCGCCUUCUGCCCCCAGCCGGGGCCCCUCGCAGGAAGAGCGCUACCUCGCUGAGUAAAACAGAGCCUCCUCUGCUUCGCACGGGCACACGCACCAUCUACACCGCUGGCCGACCUCCCUGGUAUGAUGAGCACGGAGCUCAGUCAAAAGAGGCCUUUGUCAUCGGGUUGUGUGGGGGCAGCGCCUCAGGGAAGACCACCGUGGCCAAUAAGAUCAUUGAGGCUCUGGAUGUGCCGUGGGUUGUGCUGCUGUCGAUGGAUUCUUUCUACAAGGUUUUAUCCCCUGAGGAGCAGGCCCUGGCAGCAAAGAACGACUACAACUUUGACCAUCCGGGAGCAUUUGACUUUGAGCUGCUGGUUUCCACCCUGCGAAAACUGAAGCAGGGCAAGAGUGUGAAGAUCCCAGUGUAUGAUUUCACCACACACAGGAGACAGAAAGACUGGAAAAAUGUGUACGGUGCCAGUGUAAUCAUUUUUGAAGGAAUUAUGUCGUUUGCAGACAAAGAGCUUCUUCAGCUCCUGGAUAUGAAAAUCUUUGUGGACACAGACUCAGACAUUCGGCUCGUCCGUCGGCUUCGCAGAGACAUCACAGAACGCGGACGGGACAUUGAAGGCGUAAUAAAGCAGUACAACAAGUUUGUGAAACCAGCCUUUGAGCAGUACAUCGAGCCAACCAUGAGGCUGGCAGAUAUUGUUGUACCAAGAGGUGGUGGGAAUAUGGUGGCCAUUGAUCUGAUUGUCCAGCAUGUUCACAGCCAGCUGGAGGAGCGUGAGCUCAGUGUCAGGGCACUCCUGGCCUCUGCUCAGCAGAUGCAGCCACUGCCCCAGACUCUCAGUGUGCUGGAGAGUACGCCGCAGGUCAGAGGUCUGCACACCAUCAUCAGGAACAAAGAAACCAGCCGAGAUGAGUUUAUCUUCUACUCAAAGAGAUUAAUGAGACUUCUCAUAGAGCAUGCUCUAACAUUUCUACCGUCUCAGACGUGUGUAGUUCAGACCCCACAGGGGCAUGAGUACGAGGGCUGCAGUUACAAUGGGAAAGGGAUCACCGGUGUGUCGAUCCUGCGCGCAGGAGAGACCAUGGAGCCCGCCCUGAGGGCCGUGUGCAAGGACGUCCGCAUCGGCAAGAUCCUCAUUCAGACCAACCUCGACUCAGGCGAGCCAGAGCUGCAUUACCUGCGUCUGCCCAAAGACAUCAGUGAAGAUCAUGUCAUCCUAAUGGACAGCACAGUCUCUACCGGCGCUGCUGCCAUGAUGGCAGUUCGAGUCCUAUUGGAUCAUGAGGUGCAGGAGGAUAAGAUCAUGUUGGUGUCACUGCUGAUGGCAGAGCUCGGGGUGCACUCUGUGGCCUAUGCCUUCCCAAAGGUCAAAAUCAUCACCACUGCUGUGGACAAGGGCCUGGAUGAUUUUUUACAUGUAAUUCCCGGUAUUGGGGACUUUGGAGAUCGGUACUUUGGAACGGAUGGCUCUGACAGCAGGAGUGAUGGGGAGGACCAGGAGCAGCUGUCAUACUGACUCAAAGAUUUGUGAGCCUCUGUGAAAGAAAACGCAAACUACUUGAAAACUGCUGUGUAUCCUCCUCUUCAGGUGUAGAUUAGCAAAAAAAAUAUUGUUAUAUUCACUAUUGUGUACUGUAAAUUAUUUUUUUUACUCUUCCGCAGAUGAUGAGUUUGAGUCCAGUUUUGUGCAUGAGGGAUAUUUUGUUCUGCUCGACUAUUCAUCUUUAAUAUUUUAAUACAAAACAGUAAAACAGUGCCAUUACCUUUGAGGUGCAAUAAAGCACUAAUGAUAAUGCAAUAAUGUUAUUAAAUGGGACUGGGUUGCACCAGCUGCUCUGAAAUCCUAACUUCAAACAGUAAUUUACUAAAUUUGGUUGCACCAUUAAAACAUAGGGGAUGGUUUGGAUAAUUCUGACUGAAGUAAAGUGUAAAUCUACCAUGCAAACAGGCAGUUUCUGUUUAAAAUAGCAGCACUGUGAGGCUGCAUCAGUAUGGAAACAUGCCCACAGUAGCAGGUCAUGUUUGCCUUAUUCAUAGUCUCAGCUUUACAUGUAACCAAACCAAAGAAACUUUCAGAUAUGAUAUUAGUAGAAUAAAAAUUAAGGGAUCACCAAUAGCAAGAGGUUUCUAGGUUCAAUUAAUGAUGCUAGUUGUGGCUCUCUCCCUGUACACGUGUGGGCUUUCCUCCAGCUUCCUUCCACAGUCCUGAGGCAUGCAUGUCAGGUUAAUUGGUGAUUCUAGCUUGGCUGUAGGUGUAAAUGGUUGUCUCACUGGUGAUUCUCUUGGAUGGGAUUGUCAGUGUUGCUUCCUCAUUAUUGGUCAUUAAUGUCUGCAUAUAUUUCAUAUAUAAUUCAUAAUUCAAUAGUUGUUCUGACAUUUCACUUAAAAAUCAUAAAUUUCGACCUCAUGGUGGUGCUAGAUGAAAAGUUAGUGGAGCUUCUUAUUUGGGGUGAACAGUACAAUAGACAGUUUUUAAGGUCUGAUUCUUGAACUCACCAAUGGGCUGAUCUCUAUGGAUUAAAAAAAACAGCCCUUUCUAAACAUUGGUCUGAUUUUGCUCCACUUAUAUGUGUGCAUGGAGAAAUUUGUGUUUUUAAGUAUGAACAUGUUUCGUUCAGUUAAGAAAGAGUUUGAAACGUCUGGUUACAUGAGCCACCACUAUACGUCAUUAGUUCAACCAUUUUCUGAGCACAAUUUCAAACCUGCACUGUUUUAAUCUAACAACUAAAAUCCAUUAACUUUUUUACUCUUAUACAAAUGGCUCAUUUUUCCAAGCUAAUAUUAGUCUGGGCAUUUGGUUCAGGUAGCUAUGCAGCAGUGAUGUUCACGAUUUGCUUGGUAGAAAUAUUAGUGUGAUGCAGCCUGUUUCAAAUUGGGAACAUGUAAAUGUACACUUAGUAGUCAAGGCACUUGUAUUUUUAUAGCACAUUUAAAAACAACUGGAUUGGACAUCAUGACUUUUGUCCUGUCUCCCUCCCGUCACUCCAAACUGGUCAUGGCAAAUGACUGCCCCUCCCUGAGCCUGGUUCUGCUGGAGGUUUCUUCCUGUUAAAAGGGAGUUUUUCCUUCUCGCUGUCACCAAGUGCUUGCUCAUAGGGGGUUGUUUUGAUUGUUGGGUUUCUUCUGUAUUAUUGUAGCAGUUUUACCUUACAAUAUAAAAUACCUUGCGGCAACUGCUUGUUGUGAUUUGGCUCUAUAGAAAUAAAAUUGAAUUGAACCCAAAGUGCUCUCAAGCAGAUGCAGGUGGAUUAACAAAACCUCAAAGAAUACAUGGAAGGUAAAAACAGCACUAAGAGAGAAAUAUGAAACAGGAAAACUACAUAAUCAUCACAAUAAAGGAACUGAGAACAUCAGAUUGAACUAUAAGUAAUGGCAUAAAUAUAGAAUAGUCUCAUGUAUUACCAUUAUACUUACACAGAGCUAAGCAAUUGAUUUUUCCAUUUUCUUGUAUUUAUCCAGUUCACAGUCAUGGUGGGGCUGGAGCCUGUUGUGGAGUGAGAGGUGGGAUGCACCCUGUACAGGUCACUGGUCUUUCACAGGGCUAAGAGAGACAGACAACCAUUCACACCUACAGCCAAUGUAGAAUUACCAGUUAACCUAACCUAACCUGCAUGUCUUUGGCUUGUGGGAGGAAGCCAGAGUGAUGAAGGGACAUGCAGAUACUGGAGGGUCUCCAGCUGGCUGGUGGAUUUGAACCCAGGACCCUUCUUCUGUGAGGUGACAGUGCUAACCACCACACCGCCGUGUUUCCACAAAUUUCUUAAAAGUAAAUUUGAACUAAAUUUGCUUCUAUCUAUUACACACACACAAAAACACUUGUCUAAAUUUUGCCAUGCUAAAAAUUGUGUUUUUUCCUGCAACACAAGCAAAAUAAUGAUGUAUUUUACUGCAUGAAAAUAUCCCACCCACCUUACACACACACACACACACACACACACACACACACACACACACACACACACACACACACACACACACACACACAAAACCAGUUGCAGCAGAUGGCUGCCUCUCCCUGUGCCUGGUUCUUCUUCCUAUUAAAAGGGAGUUCUUUCUUUCCACUGUCGCCGAGUGUUCAAUCAUAGGGGGUUUCUUUCUCCAGGAUACUGUAGGGUCCUUUAUCUUACAGUAUAUUAUUGUUGUGAAUUGGUGCAAUAUAAAUGAAUAUGAAUUGAAUUGAAUGAAAUAUUGGAAAUAACAUUAGGGAAAAGUCAGGAAAUUUAACUUUCUUUUUUUUUUUUAACCCAGAUGUUUUGAAAAGUCUUGGACUGGAUUUAUAGUGUCUUAUAAAUCGAAUCUAGAUGAUCAAAUUUAAUGGUAAUACAUGAGAGUCACAAACUAAGCAAAUCUGAGUUCAUGAACAGCUGCUGCAACAAAAAAUAUUCAAUGAACUUUCACACUUUAUGCUGCUCUUAAAGGAUUUUUAUAUAUGAAAUGGGAUGAAGUUACAUCUAAAGUAGAGUAGUUGUCAUAAAUUUACAGUAAGCAUAUAUAAGGAAGGAGGGAUUUAGUCACUGUGGACACAAUGAAGCAAGGAAUAAAAUUUGAAAAAUACAAAUCUAAUGUUCAGGGUAUUAAAAAAAAGAGAUUUUGAUAAAGAUUCAGUUUUCAGUUCUCAGAGCCACUACUUGAAGUUACUGCUGGAGUUUGACAUUGCGUGUCUGUGAGGUGCCAGGUCACGGACGGUCACAUGCUCUCACGCUUGAAUACUUUAAAAGCUCCUCUGACUCUCAGGGUUCACACACAGGCCGCCCGGCUCCCCUCUGCGAUGCACUUUAGGGCCUGAAGGGGUCAGUAUAGCUCACAUAAAGAUUCUUCCAGUAUGAUUUAUAGUGUGUUUAUUAUAUUCGAGAAAUGGGUGAUUUUACAGCACAGGGAAUGCACACAGACUCACCUGAAGAGUCUGAAGAGUUCGAGAUUUGAUAUGAACAGCUGGAAACAUUCUUGUGCUUCUCAGUUUAACUGACUGAUGUGGUGUGUUAAUGCUCACUUGUAAGCAAGUAGAUAAUAAUAAUAAUGUUUCAGGGCUACAAAAUGAGCAGUAAAAAACAAUCACCUUUU